AUGGCGGGCUUCCAGCCGACCGCGCCCCCCGCGCGGGCCCUGGGAUCCGCCCACUCCGCCAUGAUGGCAUCUUUCCAGAACUUGCGGCUGUCGCCCGCGGGAGGGAGGUCCCGCGCCGCCCCCGGGCCAGUGGUGGCGCGCGCCCCGGAGGCAGGCGUCGGCAUGAUGGGCACCAAGGUGGCGAUGCGGACGUUUUUCACCGAGGAGGGCCUGGCGUACGGCGCGACGAUCAUCGGAUUCGAGCCCGGCAACGUGGUGUCGCAGGUUAAGACGAAGGCGAGUGAUGGCUACGAGGCGGUUCAGGUGGCGUAUCGGGGGGCAAAGGAGAAAUCGGUGAAGGCUCCCGUGAGGGGACACCUGAAAAAGCAUGGUGUGGAGCCGAUGAAGCACAUCAGGGAAUGGAGGCUCACUGAUCCCGAAGUGGUGGCCAAAUAUGAGCCAGGGCAACAGCUGGAUGUGAAUGAAAUCUUCAAAGUUGGGGAGGUUGUGGAUGUGGCAGGGAAGACAAUUGGGAAAGGCUUUCAGGGUGCGAUCAAGAGGUGGCACCACAAGCGUGGCUUGAUGACUCAUGGGUCCAAAUCCAAGAGGGAGCAUGGGUCCAUUGGGGGUGGCAGCGCCACCCCCAGCCGCGUGUUCCCAGGCAUGAAGAUGGCUGGACACAUGGGAAAUGUGAGGAGGAAGAUGAAGAGGCUGGAGAUCCUAGAGAUCGACCCUGAAGGGGAGUACAUCGUCGUUAAAGGUGCUGUGCCUGGAAAGAGGGGUAAUGUGCUGCAGAUCUCGCCAUCAAAGAUUGUUGGAGUCAACUGCUGA